CACAAGCAACUAACACAACUACGUGUUCAACCCCAUCACCACUUUUAUAUCCCCACGAAAAUAAACAACGUCACUUAUAUCACCUCCAGAGAUCUUCAUUUCUCUCUCUCUCUCUCUCUCUCUUUCUCUCUGUUCACCGUUUUUACCUUCUUCUCUCUGUUUCUGAGCCCAUCCAUCCAGAUAAUGGGUCCGCUUGUGUUGACGCAGUUGGCCACUGGCCUAAGCGUUUUGGCCGGGGCGGUUCUGGUCAAGUCGGUCAUGGAUCAGAAGCCCAUGGCCGGACAAUUUCCAAGGUGUGCCCGUUGCAACGGUACGGGCCGAGUCACGUGUAUGUGUACGCGAUGGUCCGACGGUGAUGUUGGGUGCCGAACUUGUGCCGGGUCGGGUCGCAUGGCGUGUAGCAGCUGUGGAGGGACCGGUACUGGUCGACCCGUGCCGGUUCAGAUUCAGAUGCGGCCACCAAACCGGCCGUCUUAAGUUGUUUGUGGGUCAUGAAUUCUGAUUUUUGGCUCUGGUAUGGUUAAUUUUUAGUCCCAAACUCUGGUUUAUAUUUUCAUAAUUUUGUUGUUACUGGAAAUUGGAGUAUGAUAUGUAAGUAAUAUAAGUUGGUAUUCAUACUUUUAAAAGAGGGAUGGGAGAUUAUUAGAUUGCAGUUUGUAAUGACAUUACAUUACAUUACUUUUACUUUACUCCUCGUAUAUAAUGAGACAAGUCUUAUAAAUUUA